AUGGUCUCGACCACUGCCGGUGCGGUACCGCCGCAGCGUGAGCCUCCGCGACCGCCGCCUCCCGCUGUAGUCGAGGCCGAAAUGCAGUGGAUAUUCACCGAGGAAGAGCUACUUCUAGCCCCGUCCAUCACGGAUGGCAUGCCUGCCGAAGAGGAGCGCACCCUGAGGCGGAAAGGUGUAGGCUUCAUUCUCCAGGUCGGCAUGAUGCUCAAACUCCCGCAAACGACACUCAGCACGGCUGCUGUUUUCUUCAACCGCUAUCUGAUGCGGAUGAGCCUGAAGGCCCGACCCGGUUACAAACCGCUGCAUCAUUAUCAAAUCGCCGCAACCGCGCUAUUCCUCGCUACCAAGGUCGAGGAGAACUGUCGCAAGAUGAAAGAGCUCGUGGUAUCAUGCGUCCGAGUUGCGCUCAAAGACCCCAACAAGCUUGUCGAUGAGCAAACAAAAGACUUUUGGAAAUGGCGCGACACUAUCCUGUACAGCGAGGAUGUUUUACUCGAGGCCCUGUGCUUUGAUCUCAAUGUCGAAUCACCAUACAAGACCAUGUACGACAUGAUGAAGUACUAUGGGGUUGAACAUAACAAGAAGCUGCGCAACUCUGCAUGGGCUUUUCUCUCCGACUCGACAUCGACGCAAAUGUGCCUGCUGUUCACGUCAAGAACAAUUGCUGCAGCCUCACUAUAUGCGGGUGCGCGCAUGGCCGAGGUCGAGUUGAGUGACGACGAGGGCAAGCCCUGGUGGGAGAUACAACAUGUGCAGCUGCGCGAUAUCCGCCGAGCAUGCAACCUGAUGGCCGAUCUAUACGAAAAGACUCCCGACAAAGAUGGCGAGCCUAGCAUGUACGCCGGGCUUAGAACACCCGAUGAUGGUAUCGACUUUGGAGACACACCUAGGAGUAUGGAGGGCGUCCAGACGACGAACCAGAGUCAACCUGCUAACGGCACGGGAGACGGCAAUGCGACUGAAAGAGGCAGCGAAGAGGGCGAGUUGGAUGGCUAG